AUGGGCGACAAAUCACCCGAACAGGCUAGUCGUGGCAAGAAAUCGCCGACCUCUCCGAAGGGCGCCAAGAGUCCGAAGAGCCCCAAGAGCUCAGAAGCCGGGGCACAAGAUCCGACGAGUGAGACCGUCGGCAUUCUACCCGCCCAGCACUGGGUCCAGUCCGCGCAGGAUCAUGGCUACGACGACGACGCGGAGUCGGCUGUAGGCAGUCUGAAUCCCUCCUCGACGGCUUCUAUAUCUUCGAGCAUUCUUAAUUACCGGACCCUUCACGGCCGGACAUACCACGGCGAGGUCGGGAGUGCGGAAUAUUGGGGCGCCAAUGAUGAACAACAGAGCGAAUCUUUGGAUAUAAAAAAGCUGUUGACAUUGGGACUGGAACUGUCCACCCACGUCCGUAUGUUUCCUAACCCUUCGUUCAGCGAUUUCGCCGAUGAGUUCCCUGAGGCAGAGGUGAUCGGAACCGACAUCUCUCCCAUUCAGCCUACCUGGGUCCCCCCGAACCUGAAGUUCGAAAUUGAAGAUUGCACACAGCCAUGGACCUUUGCGCCUGAUACGUUCGAUUACAUCCACAUGCGGUGGCUAAUCGGUAGCAUUCCAGACUGGUCAGCCCUCUUCACUGAGGCCUUCAAGGCUUGUCGGCCGGGCGGCUGGUUCGAGAGUUGUGAGCCCGAGUGUGGAUUCACCAGCGACGACGGCACUGUCAGGGACGAUACGGCUCUCGGGCAAUGGCAGAAGUUCUAUGAAGAGGGCCAGAGGAAGACUGGUCGCGUUUUCACAGUAGUGAGGGAUGGUAUCCAGAGGAAGUGCAUGGAAGAGGCAGGAUUUGUCGACAUCCAAGAGUUUAGCUUCAAGAUUCCGAUCGGCUCCUGGCCCAAGGAUCCAAAGUUGAAAGAGCUCGGCCAAUAUGGCCAACUCGUACUCGAGGCGGAUACGGAGGGUUACAUAUUAUUCAUGGCCAACACGCUGGGCUGGACGAGGGAGGAAAUCCAAGUUUACAUUGCCCAUCUCCGCCGAGAAGUGCGAUCGGGCAAGAUCCAUGCGUACUACAGGCAGAAUAUAAUCUGGGGUCGCAAGCCUGAGUCGGAGUAA